GAUUUUGGAGGUCAGUUAGGGAUGGGAAGCGCAUUAGAAACGCUGUGCGGGCAGGCAUUUGGGGCCAAGAGGUAUCAUAUGCUGGGAAUAUACACGCAAAGGUCAUGGAUUGUGCUCUUCCUCUGUUGUUUCCCGCUAUUACCUGUUUACAUUUUCACCACUCCGAUUCUGAAACUCCUAGGACAGUCCGACGACGUGGCGCAGUCGACAGGGGUAGUCGCUUGUUGGCUAAUACCCAUGCACUUUAGCUUUGCGUUUGUGUUUCCAUUGCAGAGAUUCUUGCAGUGCCAACGGAAAAACAUAGUGACUGCAUGGGUUUCGUUAGCGGCUCUACUUGUUAAUGUAUUAACGAGUUGGCUCUUAAUUUAUGUGUUCGAUUUUGGGCUUGUGGGUGCUGCCCUUUCGUUGGACAUCGCCUGGUGGAUUUUGGUUUUUGGGUUGUAUGGGUAUACUGUACUGUGUGGUGGGUGUCCUCUGACUUGGUCUGGAUUCUCCAUGGAAGCUUUUUCUGGACUUUGGGAGUUUCUCAAACUCUCUGCUGCUUCUGGAGUCAUGCUUUGGUAUUUCUCUACUUAGGCUCUGUAUCCAUAGUUUCUUCGACGUCCUUCCAUUUAAUUUUGUUGAUUUUUUUAUUAUCUGGAUGUUUUUGGCAAUCUCGCAGCUUGGAGAAUUGGUACUAUAGAAUACUGAUUCUGAUGACAGGAUACUUGCAGAAUUCCACUCUGGCUGUGGAUGCCUUGUCAAUCUGGUCUAUAUGACAUUCUCUUUACCUGUUUUUUCAUCUCUUUUUGGUUAUAUGUAAACUAUCGAUAUCGCUUCUUGGAUGUGAAGUGCCAAUUUCCAUAACUCCCUUUCCUCUGCUUGUUUGGAUUCAAUUUUGCAGCAUGACGAUCAAUGCGUUGGAGAUGAGAGUUCCUUUGGCCUUCUUUUUUGGUACCGGGUACAAAUUAAAGAACACCUUGCUUUAGUGUUCAACCUAAUUAAUCGUAAACAUUGUCAUGAUCCUCAAUCACACAAGGUGAUGCGUGGUAAAGUGUUAGUGAAGACG